AUGGCCAAGGGCCGCAACAAGAACAAGGCGAAGAAUGGCGCCGGCGCCGGCGCCGCCGCCGCCAUGGACACCUCCGAGGGCGCGCCCGCUGCAUCCACCGCGGCAGAAGCCCCACAACCGAUGGAUACGUCCGAGGGGAAGAAGCCGUCCUCAUCGUCAGCUGCUCUCAGUUCGAUCAACAGGUGA